AUUUUUCUUGUUCAUUCUUUUCUUCCCAAAACAAAAGCCUUCUUCAAAUAUUAUUUUAUUCAUCUUUGCAUGGCGGCUCACACCAUCUUCUACCACCCACUCCUCUCAUGCCACAACCACCGUACAACAAGACAAGCCCCAAACAGACACAGCGUCAGAUCCCUGACUGUAAUAUCUUGUCGGAAGCAGAAAUCACCGGAAGAGCGGCAAGGAGUGAUCCAGAGAACAGUUUCAAAGAUGAUAUCAGAGGCUGAGAAGAUUGGGAAGAAACUGAAGCCAGAGAAGAAAGGAGAUAUGAAGGAUCUGAUGCUUAUGAGUCUUUCUUUUGCAGUUUAUGUUUAUAUCUCUCAACUAAUGGUCUGUGCUUACUUCGCCUGGACCCAUGUCACCCUCCCCAAUCCCUCAUGGUAGUUUUAGCUUUUAGAUAAUUGGGUUAUUGUAAAUCCACCACAUCAAUCAAUAAGAUCAAGAAGCUACAUGUCU